AUGACAACAAUCCCACCGGACUGGGCAUUAUACCAGACCUACCUUGCCGGUGAAUUGGUUUAUGACACCUUCAUGUCCAAAAUUCAUCAGCAACCGGUAAAGCCAAAGAGCGUUGGAUUCUUGGAUGUCGACACCUGUAUUGCUUUGGAGCAGCUUGCCAAUGUCUUGGCCGUCGCCUACUGCAAUCCUGUUCACCUCAAAAUUGACAUGGUUAGAUACAAUGAAUGCUUUGACACACAUGAAUCCGGUCGAAGCGAAAAACGAGAACAGAUUCUGUUAGACAAAUUCCCUCCCAAAGAAGAGCUUGUCUUGACAACACCGAGUGUCAUCAUUGAUUCCGGAGGCAGAAUUAUUGUCUGGUAUUUGCCUGAAGCAAUGACCGGUAUGAUAAUGACAGAUAUGUAUUGUGCCACAAAUUCCAUGGGCAAUUUGUUGAACAAUAGUAUCACAACCGGCAAGCCUACUGCAUGGAGGACACAUGUGUCCAAUUUCUAUCCAAGUCUGAAUGGGAAGAUCACCCCCAGUUGCAUCAAUAUAUCACCAGCAUGGUUUCAGCAAGGAUGA